AAGAUAUUACUUACUUUUCUCUCUCUCUUUUUUAUAUAUAUUAAGCUUGAUGUCGUCAACUUCAACUAUUUCAAGCGAUGCAAUAAAUCCAUCAAAUGAGCAUCGUCAACCAAAGCAAAUUGAAAACUUAUCUCCUCUGGCUGUUGGGGAUCAAAAGCUUAGGCGUCAUUUAGGAUACUUUAGUGGAACUAUGAUGAAUGGUAAUUGUUUGCUUUUUUAUGAUCUUGUUUUAAUUCGGAAUGACAGUCGGUCAAAUCAUUGGCACUGGUAUCUUUUCAAACCCUGCCUUUAUUCUACUUCACGCUGGAUCUGGUGGGAUGAUGCUCAUUCUAUGGGUUGUUGGUGCACUCUUUGCUGCAACAGGUGUUUGGAAUUAUCUAGAGCUUGGAACCAUGCUUCCUCGAAGUGGCGGUGAACAAGAAUAUUUAGCAUACGAAUUCCCGAAUCCUAGGAAACUAGUUGCAUUCGUAUUUAUCAUCUUGGUUGGCGUGUUCGGAAGAGGCUCUGGUUUAGCACAGGGCUCUACCGUAUUUGGCAACAAUAUCAUCUUUGCCAUUGGAGGGCCCAGCUAUGUGAACAACUGGGGCGCUCGAGGCUUUGGUGUCUUUUGCUUGACAUUCUGGCUUGUGUUGAACAUUACUUCUGCCAAACUUGCUAUUCGUGCCAAUAACUUCUUUACCGUACUCAAGGUUGCCCUCUUGGUUCUUCUUAUCUGUGUAGGCUUUGCUGGAUUCGCUGGACGACUCCCCAACAGACCAGACUUGGCAGAGAAUUUUUCUUUUCAUGGUACAAGUAAUAAUCCAGGCUCCUAUGCUACAGCCAUAUAUUAUGUUAUUUAUGCUUAUGGAGGAUGGUUUAAUCUCAAUUAUGUCUUGGAUGAACUAAAGGAUCCUAUCAAAACCCUUCCAAAAUGUGCCAUCUCUGCUCUCUCUUUGACAACUGUCUUGUACAUUCUUGCGAAUAUCGCCUAUCUUGCCGUUCUUCCUGCUGCUGUCAUCAAAAGCUCAAAGCUAACAGUUGCUGCAAAUCUGUUCAACACAGCACUUGGAGGUGUCUUUGGUAGCCGGGUCUUGCCCGUCCUUGUUGGAAUGUCAUCAUUUGGCUUUGUCGGCGUUAUCUUUUACUCUGGUUCACGGAUUGUAUUAGAAGCAGCCCGUACAGGCUUUCUUCCGUUUGACAGAUUCUUUAGCAAACUUCAUCCAAAGCUACAGACGCCAAUCCCUGCCUUAGUGCUACUCUAUGUCAUAGCCAUGAUCUUUCUCUUAGCACCACCUCCAGGAACCGUUUUCCAAUUUAUUGUGGCAUUCUCAGGCUAUGGCCAGUACUUCUUUGUUGGUCUAAGUGUCAUUGGUCUUCUCAUCUUACGACGUACACAACCAGACGUUAAGCGUCCUAUCAAGGCGCCCUUCGUUGUUUCAAUUAUCUUUAUCCUCAUGUGCCUUUACACUCUAGUCUUUGUGUUCAUCCCACCUGAUUCUCCACCCUCAGGAUACCCGUACUGGCUUCCUUAUAUCGUUACUAUCAUCCUUGCUUUGUGCUCUGUGGGUCUUUGGUAUUACAAGCUCGUAUAUAAGGAUGCGCUCGCAACGUCAUAUAACGCAGAAAUUCAAAAGGACGGCAAACAAGAGCUGUUUGAAGAUGUUUAUGAGACUUAUGGCAGCUUCAAGACAAAUUCUAGUGAUACCCUUGAUAAAGUAGUUGUUCAUGAAGUACCUCAUAAAUCAUAAAAUGUAUACUAUUAUUACUUAUUUUAUUUCAAAAUAAAAAAUCUCUUAAUAUAUUUACAAUACUAUUGUUUAUAUAAUCGGCAAUUGAGGUCGUGUUGCCAUGGGUGUUGGCUUUCCUGAUAACUUUGCCGUCAACUCAUUAUUGAUCAAUUCUUCCAUACCGUUUUCUUCCCACUGCUUUUGAACCAACUCUAGCUGAUGCUCUAAUUUACUGGCGUCCCAGCUUGCAAACUCUAGUUCAAAUCGACUCUUACGAACUGCAGCCAAAAUCUUGUUUUCUUCAUCAUGCAACUUUCCUUGUUCAAUGUGAUAUCUUUCAAGCUAAAAAAAUCGUAAGAGACA